CACCCAGCAGUUGGUGUGAGGGGCUGCAGGAGCUUGGGGACCUGUGGCAGGAACAAGCCUUUUUCGAUCCCAUGGAGCUGUAUGAGACAUCCCCCUACUUCUACCAGGAGCCCCGCUUCUAUGAUGGGGAAAACUACCUGCCUGUCCAUCUCCAGGGCUUCGAGCCACCGGGCUAUGAGCGGACUGAGCUCAGCCUGAGCCCCGAGGUCCGAGGGCCACUGGAGGACAAGGGGCUGGGGACCCCCGAGCACUGUCCUGGUCAGUGUCUGCCUUGGGCAUGCAAGGUGUGUAAGAGGAAGUCCGUGUCUGUGGAUCGGCGACGGGCGGCCACCCUAAGGGAGAAGCGCAGGCUCAAGAAGGUGAACGAGGCCUUUGAGGCCCUGAAAAGGAGCACCCUGCUCAACCCCAACCAGCGGCUGCCCAAGGUGGAAAUUCUGCGCAGUGCCAUCCAGUACAUCGAGCGCCUGCAGGCCCUGCUCAGCUCCCUCAACCAGGAGGAGCGUGACCUCCGCUACCGAAGUGGGGGUGGGCCCCAGCCGGCGGUGCCCAGUGACUGCAGCUCCCACAGCGCCUCCUGCAGCCCAGAGUGGGGAAGUGUACUGGAGUUUGGCCCCAACCCCAGCGACCAUCUGCUUGCAGCUGAUCCUACAGAUGCCCGCAACCUGCACUCCCUCACCUCCAUCGUGGACAGCAUCACAGUAGAGGAUGUGUCUGUGGCCUUCCCAGACGAAACCAUGCCCAACUGAGAUGUCUACCAGGCUGGGUGUCCGUGUGAGCCCCCUUGCUGGCGACAGAUGCUACCACUUCUGCAGCAGGGGCCUCCUGAAGAAGGCUGUUAGGAUGCCAGGAUGACAGCCCUGGGCUGCCACAGGCCAUACUAUUCCACUCCCCAUCCACAUAAGGAAUGGAUGCCCUCAUUUAGCUGACUUAGAACAAGGGCAUCCCCUUUCCAAGGAGAUAAAGCAGGGGACCAGAGCGCCCCCUUGUGGAUACCCCCAGGGGCUCAGGGGGCAAACUCAGGAGCUUCCUUUUUCUCAUACGCAGCCUCUAAUUCCAACCCCCAAAUGAAAUGGUUUGACAGACAAAGACAGUGUUCUGACCAGGACAAGUGUGCACAUCUCUUGUUCUAGUCUCUUCCUGAUGCCAGUGGCUGGGCUGGGCCUGCCAUGAGUUGAGAGAGAAGAAAGGGAGAGGAACAAUCCAUGUCCUUGGGGGGCCAAGCUUUUGCAGUGAAUAUUGGGAACCUUCCACUGGUUUUAUGUUUUGUUUUGUUUUGUGUGUUGUUUGUAAAGCUGCCAUCUGACCAAGGUCUCCUGUGCUGAUGUUGCUGGAGACAGGCAGGGAUGGGGGGGGGGCUCUUGGGGUGAUUUUUUUUGUUAACUAAGCAUCGUGUGGUUUUGCCAUUGUUUUGUAUUUUUUUUUUUGCUAACUUAUUUGGAUUUUUUUUAAAAAAUGAAUAAAGACUGGUUGC